AUGGCUUCUCAAACUAAUCCACACUUCCCUCUUCUACUCGCCAUUGCCUUUCUCCUCUCCAUUUUCCUGUCUGUUUCGGCUCAAUACUCCCCUCGUUUUGCUUGCGACACAGACAAUAAUCCAGGCUUGAAGAAAUUCCUGUUCUCCGAUAGCAUAGAUCGCCUUGGGAUACCAUCUUAUGGGUGGUGGUCGGAGGCUUUGCAUGGCGUUUCUGACACCGGACCUGCAACCUGGUUCAACAAAACUGUAGUGCCUGGAGCUACUAGCUACCCACAAGUCAUCCUCACUGCAGCCUCAUUCAAUGAAUCUCUAUGGAAUCUUCUUGGAAAAGUGGUUUCGACAGAAGCUAGAGCAAUGUACAAUACUGGUGUAGCAGGAUUAACAUUCUGGUCACCAAAUGUGAAUAUUUUCCGAGAUCCGAGAUGGGGAAGAGGGCAAGAAACACCAGGAGAGGAUCCACUCGUAGCAAGUAGAUAUGGAGUUGCUUAUGUUAAAGGUUUACAAGAAACAGAGGAUGGUGAUGAAGAUCGACUCAAAAUCGGAGCUUGUUGUAAACAUUACACUGCCUAUGAUCUUGAUAAUUGGACUAGCGUUGAUCGAUUCCAUUUCAAUGCCAUCGUAACACAGCAAGAUUUGGAGGAUACAUACAACCUACCAUUCAAAAAGUGUGUUUUGGAUGGAAAUGUUGCGAGUAUUAUGUGUUCUUUCAACAAAAUUAAUGGUGUUCCCGCUUGUGGCGAUAAGGAGCUUUUGGAAGAUACAGUUCGGGGAAAAUGGAAAUUAAAUGGAUACAUUAGUUCCGAUUGUGAUUCAUUAGACGUCAUGUUCAAAGACAUGCGAUAUGAGAAAACACCAGAACAAGUUACAGCAGAUGCGUUAAACGCAGGGUUGGAUCUUAACUGCGGGGAUUCACUAAAGAACUUCACAGCAAGUGCAGUCAAGAAGGGGUUAGUGAACGAAACAAUGGUGAAUCGGGCUGUUACAAACAGUUUCACGACACUUAUGAGGCUUGGUUUUUUCGAUGGUAACCCAAGCAAGCAAAUGUACGGAAAAUUAGGCAAGAAAGACGUAUGCACCAAAGCCAACCAGGAUCUAGCCCGUGAAACUGCUAGACAAGGAAUUGUGUUACUUAAGAACAAUUUAGGGUCUUUGCCACUUCUUCCAUCAGAUAUCAAGUCACUAGCUGUAAUCGGGCCUAAUGCUAAUGCCACGGUAGCCAUGAUUGGCAACUACGCAGGAGUUCCAUGCAAAUACACAACUCCUCUACAAGGUCUGUCAGAUUCAGUUGAAACUCUUUACGAGGAAGGGUGUGAUCAUGUGAUGUGUAACUCUACUGAGGGAUUCGAAAAGGCCAAGAACAUUGCUGCGAAAGCAGAUGCCGUGGUUCUAGUUAUGGGCACAGAUCUUUCCAUAGAGCAUGAAGCCCUAGAUAGGACAGAAAUAGAUCUUCCUGGACAACAAAACCUUCUUGUUUCCGAGGUUGCAUAUGCAGCUAGAGGACCGGUGAUUCUUGUUGUCAUGUCGGGAGGUGGGAUUGAUGUUAGUUUUGCAAAAUGUAACCCAAAAGUUACUAGCAUUAUGUGGGUUGGGUUACCUGGACAAGAAGGAGGAGGUGCUUUGGCUGAUGUCAUUUUUGGUCGUUAUAAUCCAGGUGGAAGACUACCCAUGACAUGGUAUCCACGAUCGUAUACGGAUACAGUGACCAUGAGCAACAUGAACAUGAGGGCAGACCCGUCGACAGGCUAUCCAGGUCGCUCCUAUCGAUUCUAUAGAGGCGAAACAGUUUACCCAUUUGGCUAUGGAUUAAGUUACUCAUUAUACGUUCAUCACCUCGUUAAAGCACCCAAACAGUUAACAAUCUCACUAAAGAAACCAGCCACUGGUCAAUGCUCGAAAUCUACCUGCAAAUCAAUUGAUGCAACUGACAAGGUUUGUGGUAGCCAAUCAUUUGAUGUUGAAAUUACGGUAACAAACAUCGGAAAGAUGGCCGGAAGCCACUCGGUCUUGUUGUUCUCUUAUCCACCUCAGGUGAUAUAUAAUUCGCCUCAAAAACAGUUGCUGGAUUUCAAGAGGGUGCAGUUGGGACCAUGGAACCAAACUUCGAUUAAGUUUAAGGUCGAUGUUUGCAAGCAAUUGAGCGUGGUUGAUAAAGAUGGUAACAUGAAGCUUCCAUUAGGGCGCCAUGUUCUUCAAAUAGGAGACCUCAAACACUCCAUAAAUCUCAAGAUUUGA